AUGGCUCGGGUUGCCUCCACCGUCGGCACCACCAUGGGCGCUGCUGCGGCGGAGAACGGCACUGUGGCCGCGGUCCCGUUGUCCUCGCGGCGACGUGCCAUGAUGCUCGCCCUCUCCGCGGCGCUGCUGCUCGGAGACGUCUACCUCCACAACCCGCGAGGCUCCAACAACAAGCUCAACGAGCAGAACAACAACGUCCAGAACAACAACCGUCUCUUCGACUCGCAGAACAACAACGCCGGCGGCUAUCAGGUCGGCGACAGAUGUGACCCCGUUUGCCAAGGCGCCGGCGGCCUCAACCCGGGCAGCACCGAGUACAAUCGCAGCCUGCCCGGAGCCGCGCAGGGUCAGAUGUACUUCUACGAGGGCAGCGUCCUCGAGUUGGAGUGGACCAAUCAGCACGGAUGCGGCAGCAAACAGGGCAACGUAGAGUGCGAAAUCGUCAUCCAGUACAUGUGCAACGACGGAGCGGGGCCCUACUCGUCGCCAACUUUGCGGGACGGUCUCGAGUUCUCGAGGGUUGACGGCACCGCCGGCGGACCGCAGGGCCAGGCGCCCUCGGCUGGGCGCGCGAAUGAGAGUCAGCGCGGUCUGCAUGAAUCUCUCGCCUGGUAUGAGGACUGCAAGGCGCGCGAGCGAAACAAGGGGCUCUACAUUGCCGAUCAGAACCUCGGGGGCGGGCGCGACCGGGCAACCAACACCCGGCAGGACCGAGGAGCGCCGGCACAAAACAACGACAACGACAGAGAGGGGCUAGAGUGCCCAGAGGAGCGGGACUAUUUUCCGUACUGGCACCCGACGCCGUGGCGCGACAUCGCUGUCCUCACCGACGAUCUCCGCCGCUGUGACUUUUACCAGGCCGCUUCCCAGAACGUGCGCGACUACGGCAACUGCUGCGACCCUGCAGUGCUGGCCGAGUCUGGUCACUGCCGUCAGCUGCAGGCUGCGGACGAAGCCGGCCCAAACAACGAGGCCGCCUGCGUGGCGCGCGGAGGCAAGUGGCGCGAGUACGGGCGCUGGGACACGAAGCCGCCGCGCUGUGGGCAGACGCCGUUCUCGCGGGACAACCAUCUCGGGAACGCCGCACCCAGCGCACCGGGCACGCCCGACGCAGACCUCGCCGCGUCGCGCUUUGUGUGGAGCAUCCCCGACGACGUUCUCGACGAGACGGGUGCCGACGAAGCCACUUGCGUGCUCCGACUGCGCUACAACGUCUCGACUACCGACUACGACGGAUGGGCGGGCUUUGACGGUCGAAAGACGUCGCGGACGCCGGUGGACUCUGUCUUCAACGGCGGUGACGCGCUGAUCAGCGGGAACGAGGAGGCCGACUUUGUGGGCUUCUCUCCGAUGGAGGACCCGCCGCUGGGCACCGACCUCCGGCUCGAGCUCAACGUAAACACCGACCAGCUGGGCCGCACCUUCCAGGACCGCUCCCACACCUUCAAGAUCAAGCGGCGACCGAGCAGCGGUCCGUGCGCCUCAGCUGGCAUCUACAACCUCAACGUGCGCGGCCGGCGGGGAAACAUCGUCCAGGUCUACCCCAGCGUCGAGUACGACUUUGUGCCCGCCAACCUCGAGGUGUCCGAGGGCGAGUGCGUUCACUUCCAAUGGACUGGGAGCGACGCGAACCAGGGCGGCAACGACGGCAACGGGCGCGACAAGACCGACCGCUCCAACCUCGUCGAAGUUGCGAGCCUCGGUGACAGCCGCCCGGCGAGGCAAGCGUUCGCCAGCGGCGAGCCCGCCGUCGCGUCCAUGUUCGUCGAACGGCAAGCGGUGGCCUGGUGGACCCACCGCUCGGACGAGGAGACCGAGUGGAACUACUCGAUGGCGGGCGCCCGCACGCCGUCUCUGAUCUGCGACGACGAGACCAACAACGAGAACGACGUGCGCGGCUGCAAGCACAUCAACGCGGCGCCCGCCUACUUUGAUGGCGGCCUCGUGCAGAUGAAUCGGCCGGGCACCUUCCACUACAUCUCGACGCGCAACAACGACUUCUCCAACCGGAGCCAGAAGGCCACCCUCGUGGUCCGCGGCUGGAGGCUCACGCUCGUCGUCGCCGUCGGGGUCGUCCUCGCGGUGGCGUGCCUCUCGGGCGUCUGCCUGCUCCGGCGGCACGCGCGGCACCAUCCAGACGGGCGCCUCGCGCGCUCGCGCCUCGGCGCUCUGCUCGUCAGAUGCCCGUCCCUCACCGCCAUGGUGCAGCGCUCGCUUGCCUGCCGCUACCCGGCCACCACCGCCCUGCUCUGCCUCUGCGCGGCCCUCUGGGGUGUCGGCUUUCGGCUCGCCCUCGAGCGGACCGGUGCCCCUCCGUCCUACCCGUAUGCCAAGGGCUUUGGGAUGGCGCUCAACGUGCUUUGCAAUCUCGUCUUUGUGCCGGUGAUGCGGAAUCUCAUCUCGUGGCUCCGCACCACCUCCGCGGCAGCCUUUCUCCCGGUCGACGACACCGCCUACUUCCACAAGCUCAUCGGUGCGCUCAUCCUCUCCGCCGCCGCCGGCCACAUCGCCUGCCACUACUCCGCCUACUCGUGGCGCGCGACCUACGGCGCCGGUGGCAGCGUCGCGGGGCAGGCCCUCGGCCGAUGGGACGGCUUGUCGGGCCACCUCAUCGCGCUCUUCAUGCUCCUCAUGUCGCUGACUGGCCUGGAGCGCUUUCGCCGAGCGCGCUUCGGGCUGCCGGGCCGUCGUGGCAAGGUUGGCGGGUACUCGAUCUUCAGCCACGUGCACAAGCUGUGGGUUCUGGUGCUGGCGCUUCUCUGGUUCCACUCGCGCAGCUUUUGGAAGUUCAGCCUCUUCCCCACGCUCCUGCUCGUCCUCGACAAGUGCAUCGCGUUGCGCGCCAAGAAGCCGGUCGUCCUCGUCCGCGCGCACAGCCCGACCAAGGACGUUCUCGCGUUGACGCUGAGACUUUCCAGCGGGCGCCGCUUCAAGUUCAAGGCGGGGCAGUACGUCUUCCUCCAGUGCGGCGAGGUGAGCAGCGAGUGGCACCCCUUCUCCGUCUCGUCGUCGGCCGAGGACAACCACACCUUCAGCUUGCACAUCCGCUGUCGCGCCGACAUGGACUGGACAUUCGCGCUGAGCCAGGCCCUGCUGCAGCAGGACUUGGUCACGGUGGCGCCCGCCGUGUCGGACGUCGAGGGCGGACCUCGUCCGAGCAUCCGCACGAAGCGGCUGAUGUCGCUGUCGGAUGAUGACCUGACGCGGGCGGUCGAGGCCAGCCCGGCCAUCCCGGCGCCGCUAGGGGGCGUGCCUGUCGGCCGGUCAUGCGGCCCGUCCCUCUGCGUGGACGGGCCGUACGGCAGCUCUUCGGAGGAGGUGUUUCAUUACGAGGUUCUCCUCCUCGUCGCCGCCGGCAUCGGAGUGACGCCCUUCGCGUCCAUCCUGAAGACCUUGGCGCGGCAGGCGCAGACCAACCGCCUCGAGACGCCGCUCAAGCGCUGCUCCUUCUUCUGGAUCUGCCGCGACGAGCGCGAGUUUCAAUCCUUCAAGGACGUGCUCGUCGACAUCCUCGCCGACACGGCCCUCGCCAACAUCUUCGAACUGAACACGUACAUCACGGGAGAGGUCGACCUCAAGGCAGUCACCGCCGACGCCUCGUACAACCAGUUUGCGGGCAAGCCGGACUGGGGCCGCGUCGGCCGCGCACUGGGCGAAAGCUUCCCCGCUUCUGACGUCGGCGUCUUCGUCUGCGGGCCGAGCGCGCUGAGCAACCAGCUCUCCGCCAUGUGCCGCACGCUGACCCCGCCCCGCCGCCGCGAACGCCGUAACUAUGGCGCGGCAGCCGACGAGAAGUCUGUGUACGCGGAGCCGCGCAAGGGCAAGUUUGUCUUCCACAAGGAGCACUUUUGAGAGGAGACCAGACGCGACAGGACUCAGCGGACAGCGCUCGCGGCUGGGUCUGAGGACUUGCGCGGCAGAGUUGAGAGGGGCGAAUGCGCGCGCGGCCGCGGGCCGGGAGCUGCUUCACCUUCAGGGGCUUCAGGCUUCAGAGCCUGCUGGGCCUGCGCCUGGAAUUACUGAGUGGAAUGCGAAACAUGCCGCUGGAUCUGGAUGGGUUCGUCUUUCGAGGUGUCGCGAGGUUCCAGUUUGGUGUUGAGUUGUCGCACAUGAGAAAGUUGAGACAUGUCGCGAGAGCCGAGAGCGAGCUGGUUGGUUGAGUAUAUCGCGAGUUGGUGUUGAGUGUUGUCGAGCUCGAGGCCAGGAGGAACAGAGGAUUGUAGUCACGUCACACGAAAAGUAUAAGUAUU